UUUAUUUAGAUUUCAUUAAUUUUUUUCAUUUUUUUUUCUUUUAACAAAAAUGUCUAAUUUAUAGUUUUAUACUAUUUUAGUUUAUAUUACUUUUUCUUUCUCUCUCACUUAUUUGCUUACUUUUUUUUUUCAAAUUGAAUUUCUAUCAAAUUAUAGGAAAAAAAAAACUCUCUCAACAAAAAAUUAUAGGAAACAAAAAAAAGAGUACAAAAGACUACUAAAAUUUGAAACAAAAUCUAUCAAAAAAAAUAAAAUUGAAACAACGCGGAAGGGACAGCCACGUGCCAGUUAAUAAAUCAUAAUACAAUCCUGUGUCGGUGUCUGCUGUAGCUGCUGAUUAAACACACGUGUCCUUUCCUCACUCUUCUAUUUUCUUGUAUAUUUCUUUCCCAAUAUAUAGCUUGAAUAAAAAAAAAACUCAGCACUUUAGUUUAAACCCAAACAAACGCCACCAACGCACUCCUUUUCUUCCCCUCUCUCUCUAUCGAACAACUAAAUAGUCACCACAACCCUAAAAUCCACCUCCAUUUUUUCCGGUCACAACCACCGGAAAAAGUUCCCAACCAUCCACUUCUUUCUCUCUAUCUGAUGCUUUCCCACUCGGGCAUUCCCACUCCUGAAACUCUCUCCAGCAAUAAAAAGCACAAUAAACCCCCGGAAUUGUUAUCGCUUAAAUCUAACUCACUCAACUCGGUUCUCCUACCUUCUAACCAUCCCAGAACAUGCCUCCUCCUCGCAAUUCUCUCUCUCCAGGUAAUUCUUCUCCUCACUCUUCGUUCCCUUCCCUUUCCUCGCCACCACUUUGCCCCUCCGUUCGACGCCGCUGCUUCGGUCCCAAUCGCCAUUGAGAAAACGGACCAAUGCUGUUCUGGUCGGGUCUUCGUCUACGACUUGCCUGGGGCUUUGAACAGGGAGAUUCUUGCCAGUUGCGAUAACUUGAAUCCAUGGAGCUCGAGGUGCGAUGCUUUGUCGAACCAAGGGUUUGGCCAACGAGCCACCGCGUUAUCUGGGCUCGUGCCGGAGAAUCUGGUCCCGGCAUGGUACUGGACUGAUCAGUUUGUUUCGGAAGUAAUUUUCCAUAAUCGGAUCAUGAACCAUAAAUGUCGGGUCAUGGAGCCCGAAUCGGCUACGGCGUUUUACAUACCGUUUUACGUUGGUCUCGCGGUGGGGAAAUAUCUUUGGUCCAAUACCAGCACUGCCAAGGACCGUGAUCACCAUUGCGAGGUGAUGCUGAAGUGGCUCCAUGAUCAGCCGUAUUAUCAACGAUCCAACGGCUGGGAUCAUUUCAUGACGAUGGGUCGGAUCACGUGGGAUUUCAGGCGAUCCAAGGAUAAAGACUGGGGCUCGAGUUGCAUUUACUUGCCAGGGAUGCGUAACAUCACCCGGCUUUUGAUUGAGCGAAACCCAUGGGACUAUUUCGACAUCGGUGUGCCUUACCCCACUGGAUUCCACCCCAGAUCAGACUCCGACGUCGUCGAAUGGCAGAGCUUCGUCCGGAACCGUAACAGGACCACUCUUUUCUCCUUUGCCGGGGCGACAAGAGGCGCAAUCAGGAACGAUUUUCGAGGGCUGUUGCUGAGUCACUGCAGGAACGAGUCGGACGCGUGCCGAGUCGUGAACUGCGCCGGUUCGCGUUGCUCGAACGGCACGUCUGCGAUUCUCGAAGGGUUUCUUGACUCGGAUUUUUGCCUUCAGCCGAGGGGUGAUAGCUUCACCCGCAGGUCAAUUUUCGACUGCAUGGUGGCCGGUUCAAUCCCCGUUUUUUUCUGGAAACGAACCGCUUAUUUUCAGUACGAGUGGUUUUUACCAAGCCAACCCGGGAGUUACUCGGUUUACAUUGACCGUAAUGCGGUAAAAAAUGGUACAGCUUCGGUAAGACAAGUCCUCGAAAAGUACAGUAAAGAGGAGGUCAGUAAAAUGAGGGAAAAAGUCAUUGAAUUCAUCCCCAAAUUUUUAUAUGCCGAACCCCAAGAGGGUUUGGAGACCGUAAAAGAUGCUUUUGAUAUUGCCAUUGACGGUGUCUUCAGAAGGUUUAAGGAGCAAGAGGAGUGGGGAUUCAAGUGGUAAUGAAGCAAAAACCAACCAUGGGUAAAAUUCUAUGCAGUAAAUUUAAUUUCCCAACAUUCAUUUUGUGUCAGAAAAUUUGGGUAGAAGUUUUAUGGACAUUCAGUUACUGGUUGUUACGGUUCGGAAAGACCAGAAGGGAAACUAAAUGUGGAAUUCAUUAUUUUUUUUUAUAUUAUUUUUGCUUGUACACAAUUACUGAAAAUUCUUAGUUGCUACUUCAUAUUCUUUUGGUGAAAUAGAAGGGUUUUAUGUAAUUACGUUUUGGAGUUAAUAAGUGAUGGGUACAAGAUAUCUAUCUACUACCGACGAAGGAAGUUGGACCACUUGUUGCUGUGGUCCAUAGAAGUUGCUUAUUGGAUUGGAAUUGGACCCAAUAAUAAUGUCCAAUUAUGUGAAGAGAUGGGCGUAAUUGCUAUGAUAUAUGGUGUAUGAUCAAGACUUUUUAUUAGUAAUAAUGUAAAGAAUUAUGAGGAAGGGGGAUGAAUUUAAUGGAUGAUUUCCCCUACUAUAUGUAUUACCAAUUCAAUGCCUUUUUGGGCAUGUGAAAUUUCCUAUACAAGAGAGUUUAGCUUAUUAUCAUCA